GAUAGUGUUGGGUUAAAAACGGGUUAACGCGUGCUCUCAGUCUAUGUUUGAGUUUACUUAAAUAUGCACUAAAUAUAUUGUAGCACGUACAUCACCAUCAUUCAGUGCGUGAUCGUGUAUAAAGGUUACGUAUAGGUGUUGUGUGUGAGUGUGCAUGUGUGUAAGUCAGUUACACGCACGCGACGACAAAUAUCACAUACGAGUCUAUUGGUAUAGCCAAUCUAUAGCUUUCGCUUCUCUCUUUAUCAUAUCGUCAUCGUAGUAACAGACGUACGCUAUGUUGGUGUUACUAUACACAUACACACCUAUAUGAACUGAAAUGUAGCAGUGUCAUUUCGCUUUAAUACAUAUACAACGAGGCAAUAACGUGCUGGUGCGCUACUGCUGACUGACUGACUGCUGAGUGCUGCUGCUGCUGCGCUGGCCUGCUGCUGCUAGUUCGCUUAGACUGACAACGCAGCAGAGGAAGUGUGCGGAUGGAAUAUAGCAUUUCUCCACUCGGCGCGCGUGGAAGGAAAACCAAUAGGCCGUUUACAACAUUAGUGAUAGGAGAAAAUCAUUCCGACCAGCUCUCGCUCUCUUGGCCGUUUUGAUUUCCAUCCUUACGGCCCGAUACAUUACUCGAUAUUAUGUACGUUCGAUAAUCAUCAGGGCCAAGGUGAUACACAUCGGUGCUCGACGUUACAGACCAAGAGAAACGUCGAGUUUUUAUGUAAAUAAUAUCAAUCAUCUGCCAAUAUCGUCCGUUGUUGCUCAAUUGGAAAUUGUAGAGACUUGUGUAUCGAGGUUUUUUAUGCACAUUUUUGCUACUAUGGUUAAACGUCAAUAGUCGCUGACAACAAUUAAACAAUGGAUAAUUAUUAGACAUGUCAAUUGAAGCAGUCAAUUGUCCUCACAGUGAAAGUCAUGGCAAUUUUUCAAUCGUAGAAGAAGUUUUCACCCACAAAGAAAUUUUUAGUAAAUGCUCUGACUGUGAUAACGAAGGCCCAAAUCUUUGGUUAUGCUUGUAUCCAGGUUGCAGAUAUGUGGGCUGUGCGGAACAACACCUCGAUCAUAGCACUAUCCACAAUCGCAAGUUUCCAUCACACUCGGCUCAUAUGAAUUUAUCAUCAACACGAAUCUGGUGCUAUUCUUGUGAAGCAGAAGUAUUGACCAGGAAUACAAAAUCACUUUCACCAAGAUCAUCGAAUCAAAUGGAUCAAAAACAUUUUUCUCUGUAUAACAAAUAUUCUGGUGAUGCAUCUAUAAAUAUGGAUACCAAAUCAGAUACGGAUGAGUAUUUGAAUGAUCAACUUCUGUUUAAAAAACUAAUGGCAAAUAGAGGAGAAGCGUUCAUCGAUAAACCUGAAGAUUCCCCUGAUAGUACAGAUUCUGACGAGGGCAGGGAUUAUAUGAUGAAACCUACAGGAUUGGUUGGAUUACAGAAUAUUGGCAAUACCUGUUACAUGAAUUCUGCAUUACAAGCCUUAUCCAAUGUACCUCCAUUAACACAGUAUUUUUUAAGUUGUGAUGAUAUGGUUUCUUAUAUCGGUGGAGACAAAAAACCAGGUUUAAGUUUGAGCUACUUGCAUUUAAUUAAAGAGAUGUGGGACAGAAGAGCAAGGGGUUUUACAUCACCACAUAAUAUACUGACUGGCAUUAGGACUGUGCAUCCAAUGUUUCGAGGCUAUCAUCAGCAUGAUACGCAAGAAUUUCUUCGCUGCUUUAUGGAUCAGUUGCACGAAGAGCUCAAAGUAUACGAAGAAGAUCGCGAAAGUGUACACCGACUGAAGAGCUUGGGUGAUCAGCCAUCCUCGGACGACGAGGAACCCGAGGUCGACGGCACCGCGUCGAGCCAAUCCGACGGCGAGUACGAGACUUGCGACUCCGGAGUUAGCGAACAGAGCUCGUUGAGCGACGAGGGCGAGCGUGGCCAGAAGCGCCGAUACUCGCGGCCAAAUCAACCCGACAAGUUGCGCAACAAGUUCACGAAUCGCAGCCUGAAAAAGGUCUCCGUAGACGUGGCCUUUCUUCAGCAGCAACAGAGGUCUUCGCCGAACUCACCCACAAAGCACCGUACGAAAAAGCAAUCGAAAAUGAGGAGCAUAAUCAGUGACAUUUUUGACGGCAAAUUACUUAGCAGUGUGCAAUGCCUUACCUGCGAUCGUGUUUCCACGCGCGUUGAAACUUUUCAGGAUUUAUCUCUACCUAUACCGAGCCGUGAUCACAUGGACAUUUUGCAUCAAGGUUCGAUUACUCCACAGAAGGCUGGUCCUUGCUCGGAUGUUGUGUACGUAGCCAAUCAGCCCGGCUGGUUGAGUUGGAUCUUUCAAUGGUUUCGCUCGUGGUUUUGGGGACCGACCGUGGACCUGCAUCACUGCCUAUCAGCAUUCUUCAGCGCAGACGAGCUCAAAGGUGACAACAUGUACAGCUGCGAAAAGUGCAACAAGUUGCGGAACGGAGUCAAGUACUCGAAAGUUUUGGAGCUCCCCGAGGUGCUUUGCGUCCAUCUGAAGCGCUUCAGGCACGAGCUCAUGUUCAGCUCGAAAAUUGCCAGCCACGUGUCCUUUCCCAGUGACAGCAUCGACAUGCUCGACAUGCGGCCGUAUCUUCACAAAGAUUGUGUAUCCAAAGUUACCACGUACGAGCUCAUCUCGGUCAUCUGUCAUCAUGGUACCGCUGGUGGUGGCCAUUACGUUUGCUACGCUUUCAAUCCGAUGGCCAAUCAGUGGUUCGAAUUCGAUGAUCAGUGCGUCACGCCAGUUUCCCUAGAAACCGUUAGAAAUUGCGGCGCUUACGUGCUCUUCUACAAGAAGUAUUCACCGGAGAUGCAUCAGAUUCGAGAAAAGACAGCCGAGCUUAUGGAGAUCUCGUCCAAAACGUCAACCGACUUGAACUUUUUUGUUUCGAGACAAUGGAUAAAUCGAUUCAAUUCGUUUGCUGAACCAGGGCCGAUCGACAAUUCUGAUUUUCUAUGUCCUCACGGUGGUGUUAUACCGGCGAGAGCGAAAUUCGUUGAAAAACUCUGCACCCCUCUGCCGCAAACUGUUUGGGAAUACCUGUAUCAUACCUUUGGAGGUGGACCAGCUUGUACUCAGCUUUACGAAUGUCCUCACUGUGAAGAGAAAUUCGAACAAACGGAAAAGCGCCGCUGUCAUGAAUUAGAAGUGUUCAAUCAAUUGAAUCGACCAGAUAAUCCAACUGCACUUUAUGCUUUAUCCAUGUCUUGGUUCAGACAAUGGCAAAAUUUCGUUAAAAACCAAGAAACUCCGCCACCUGGUCCAAUCGAAAACAAUUCAAUUGCGGUGAAUAAAGGAGGUCAAACAGUUUUGAAACUUGGAUCCGAUUAUGGUCCGAUUCCCGAAGAACUCUGGCAGUUCUUUGUUAAAACGUAUGGUGGUGGGCCGGAAGUAAUGUUGACUCCAGGUCAAAGGUCGAUGACCAUGCAUUCCAAUAUUUCUCCACAUUCCGCAACGAGUCUUAGCGGGAGCCCGCAGGACGCAGUGAAAUUUGGCCGAGUCGAGUCGAGGCAGAAGCAGGCAGGUACUGCAACGAAGGUUGUCACCGUAACCACAUCGAAUAAUGAUCAACCCAAUAGUUCACAAUUAGUAAUGACGUCGACAGCAAUCACGACUUCGUUACCAUCUGCGCCGAGCACCGCGGAAUCGCUCAGCGGUGUCACAGUACAAACCGAGCAAUCGAGUGGGCCCGUCACAAUGCCGGAUACCACUUGCGCAACGGCCGUUGAUCUAAGUGAAGAUUAAAAAUUUAUGCUAAGAAUAUAUGCAACGAGUGUGGUGCGAUCGAUAAAAAGUAUAACGCCAGUUCUCGAUGCACAAGUAGAUACUGAAUUUAUUUACUGAUUUCUAAGUCUAUAGAAUUAAUUACGUAAAGCCGAUAUUGAAUAGUGGCUUGAAAUAUUUUUGAAACUCGCUUGGUCUCGUUUGUCAUUGCACUCGUGUCUUCCCAUUUUUAUGUAUGUUACCAGUGAAGUUACAUUUGCGCAGGGAUCGAGCAAAAUUAUAAAUAAAAGCGACGUUUAAUGCUAAAAAAAUAUGAAAUUUUAGAUAAGCUAACAAUUCACAUGUCAGUGAUGUUAUUUUUUAUUUUUACUGAUAUAUUUCAGAAUUAUAUUACCGAAUUGACUGUGCUAUUCGUCGAUUCAUUCGUAAUUUUGCUCGAAACCCUUAACGGCAAAGUAAUUCAAGUACGAAAGAUUGCAUGAAUUUCUACGCUCUCGACAUUUCGAGAUGAGCUUUUUUACAAGCAUGCAACUUUCUUGAAAAGAUUUACUUAAAUGCUUGAAACUUAAAUAAUUCACUUUUCGUUGAAUUUGUGCUUUAUUCAUAAAUUGCCUAAUCGGCUCAUGUUCAAAUUGUAGAUAAUUAAACUAAGCGUACAUAAAAAUUAGAAAUCACAUUUUAUGUAUCGAGACUAAUUCUGUAUAAUAAUCUCCUUGCAACAAGGAAAUAAUAGUUAAUAAUUAAACAAUCUGCCAUGUCUACGGUUGUCGACGAAAAGUGUUGCAACACGAGACGAUGCAAUAUAAAAAAUAAAAACAAACUAAGAAGACCAAUGAUAGUUAUAAAACAAAGAAUAAAAGUCAAUGAAUAUUUCUCAAAAAAUAACUAAAUUUUAAAAGAAACUACGUAUCUCGACGCAUUGAUCUUGCUAUUCUUAACUUUUUACUAUUUUACUUUACUUAUUGUGAGUGUUAUAAAAAUUGAAAAUUAUCACCACUUAAAAUAUCGAUAUUUCACAUUUAAUGUACGAAACUUUGAGUAUUUUUACACCAGCCUUUCUGAUAAAUUGGCAUUUAUGUUAGCAUUCUUUCUCAACGCACAAGAUGAAGGGGGAUACAUGCGCGAUGAAUGAGAAAGAACACAAGACUGACCAUUGCAUGAUAAAUUAAUUUAGUGAAUUUUUGAAAAAUUUGCUUCUAUAUAUUUAUGUAAGCUGGCAUACAGGUUUAUGUGAAAAUGAAUUAAAUACAUAUUAUGAUUAUUACGUUUUUAGUUAAUAAAAUAAAAUUUAUUAA